AUGUUCAUUCUUACUACGAUCUCGGAUCUUAUCCAGAUCUCCCCGGAGGAUUUCUCCAAAUAUAGCGCUGUGGCUCUCGAAGAUAACAUCAACGAGAAGUAUGCCAAUAAAGUCAUUCAAAAAAUCGGCCUAUGUAUUGGUUUCUAUGACCUGCUAGAGUCUUCAGAUGGUCUGAUUGGCCAUGGUACUGGACUUGUAAAUGUAAAUGUCAAAUUCCGUCUGAUAGUCUUCCGCCCGUUCAAGGGCGAGAUCAUGCUUGGGAAGAUCUCGAGUGCGACAGAACAUGGCAUCAAGGUUGCCGUGGAAUUCUUCAACGAUAUCCUCGUGCCCCCUGAUCUACUCCUGGAUGGCGCCAGAUUUGACUACGCGGAUCAAGUCUGGAUCUGGGAGAACGAAGAUGGCUCCACGUUCUACUUUGAUGUUGGUGAAGUUGUUCGAUUCCGCGUUGAGAUGGAAGAAUGGCACGACCAGAUCCCGAAUGCGCCGGAUCUAGGAGAUGCCGCCGCCAUCGAGCGGAAACCCCCAUACUCGAUUAUAGGAUCUAUGCAAAUGGCCGGAUUGGGUCCGAUUUCAUGGUGGUGA